AUGUCUACGCCUGGCAUAUCACCAACUCAUGCUUCGGCGGCCGCACUGAACGCCGCCCAGAAGCGGGCCUACCGUCAACGGCGAAAGGACCCGAGCUGUGAUGCUUGCCGAGAGCGUAAAGUGAAGUGCGAUGCUAGCGACACGUCCAGCUGCUCAGAGUGCUCAAGCCGUGGAGUGAAGUGUCAAUUCACUAAGGAGACCAAUCGUCGAAUGUCUUCCAUCAAGCAAGUCCAAGACCUGGAGAAGCAACUCGCCCAGGCGAAGCAGCAACUCGCUCAGUAUCGGACGAUGUUGCAAGAAGGUGGUGUUACGGACCUCGACAGUCAAGCGCCCAAUGUCCCAAAACUUCACGUGCCCGAGCCUGCGUCGAAAGAGCGUCGACAAGGGCUGCCCGUGCUUGACAAUUUCGAUGAGGUGCGCAAGAACAUUCGAAAUUAUUCGAGAGGAAUCUUCAAGCCGCCACCAACCCACCGUCUUUCCGCUCCAGAGCCGAUGUACAUGGUGAACACACCACUUCCUCCAAAGAAUGUAGCGGACCGUCUGAUUUCGCACUACCGGGCUUCAGUACAUGUUUACGCGCCUAUGAUCCAUUGGCCGAGCUUCAUACAGGAUUACGAGAAUGCCUAUCGUGCUGGGACCUUACUACAUUCGCGCCACAGAUGGGUUGCGCUAUUCUUCGCAGUGCUCGCGUGCGGUACGCUGAUGGACUCUCAGCCGAACGGGUCCGCUCAAGAACAAGAAGGCGCCGCCUACCUUGACAUGUGCAUUAGAACGGUCAAUACAUGGAGUGAUGAUAUCAGUAUAGACUCUGUCCGGACAACACUUCUCAUAAGCACAUGGUUCUUCGAGAGCAAUCUACGGUCCGCUGGAUGGGUCUGGCUGGGCUCGUCAAUACGUCUGGCGCAAGAUAAGGGCCUACAUACAGAUCGUGGACCAUAUCCGCCGCUAGAAGCGGAAAUGAGAAGGCGAGUGUGGUGGAGCGUAUAUAAUUGGGAUCGCAUAACGUCGCUCGAACUUGGCCGCCCAUUGCAGAUCGAUGACGAUGAUUGCGACGUGGCCGAACCGACACCCGUGGACGAUGACAGUAUCCGCUCCACCGGCAUAGUCAUGGCUCCGCCUGGACAGACAGCACCCAGCGGACUCCUUGCAGUGAUUCCAGUGGUGCGUAUCAUUGCGCAGCUGAGAAAGACGCUCAAGUCUCGCACUGUAGCAUUUGCAACGCUAAGUACGUAUGACGAGCACUUUAAAUCCAUCAUGGCCUCCUACCCCGAGCCUUUCCCAAUAACUUCAACGGCGUACCUAGAUCCGCGGCUGCUCACGGCAGCAACACAUUUACAACACACGCGCUUCAUCCUCUACCGACACAAUCUCUCGCCUGCAUGCCGGCCUAGCGAGAGAAUAGAUGCACUAGAUCGUUGUGUUUCCGUUGCCAAAGACACAGCAACCUAUGUUCAGAGGACAAUGCAGCCUACCUCGCCUCACCUGAGUUGGGCAGCACGACUUCGAACCAUGGCGCCAGCCUUCUUCUGCGCGCAUUUGUGGCGAUGCACGUUGGUCCUGUGCCUCCGGCUUGAGUUCACAUCCGCCCUGACGCUAGUGCACGCCUCAGCUGCCAUAGGCGAUUUGAGGAAGAAUAACAUUGGUUGCGGACGCUACCUCGCCUUCUUCCUUGACCAGCUGAUCGCGCGGCUACGGGCCGGAGCUUCCAAGCAAGAUCUUGAGGUUGACGAAGAGAUGUUGGCGUACGUGAGUGGUGAUGUGCAAGGCUGUGCUGAGGAAGCAUGGGCAUGGGCUGGAAGCGGUGCGAGCACGAAUAUUGCUCAAGGCGGCCAGAACGUCAACGGGCCCGCCUCUUUGGAGCGUGCUGCCGAACAGCAGCAAGCAAACGGCCCGUUGAACGAGCGCGAGAUGCAGGAAUGGGGUGGUUGGGAGCAUGUUCAGCGCACGCUUGAGCAUUUAGUGCAGCAGAGCCAGCAUGGUCAACAACAGGCUCCACCGCCACCACCACCACCGCCAUCACAGCAGCAGCAGCAACAGCAACAGCGUUUCUCGCCGCAGACGGCUCCCAUGUACCCACCGCCGAAGCUGCAGCACUCGGCCUCGACUGCAUCAUCUAGCAGCCUGCAAACUUUAACGCCGCUGCCCAGCAAUCUGACGUCCCAGCCGAGCAGCCUACAACAUCAUCACACAUCGGCCUCUUCUGCGAGUCCGGCACCAAGCAAUGGCGGCGGUGGCGGGAGCAAGAGGAUUGGGAUUAAGGACAUCAUGUCGUCGCACUAG